AUGCAAGUAGAGACCCUGAUAGAGCGCAGCUGCAGCACCAUAGGAGAGGGCCCCCACUGGGACGAGCGAACCCAGCAACUACUCUAUGUGGAUAUCAACGACGGAUCCGUCCACCGAUGGACCGCAGCAACUGGCAAGGACGAGUCGCAUAAAUUUGAUUCCUACUGCUCACUGGUGGUUCCAUGCCGGAAAGGCGGCUACCUGGUGUCCGUAGGUCGCUCCAUCUGCCACUGGGACUGGGACGCCGGCAAGCUGACAACCAUCGCCACCGUGGACGAGGGCAAGGAUACGAGAAUCAACGACGGAAAGUGCGACGCGUCCGGUCGCCUCUGGUUUGGUAAGCGCUGA